AUGGCGUUGAACAAGGAGACAGGCGAGCUUGGCCACGACGUUGAGCACGUCAAUCUCGAUCCGGCAGAUGGUCCUGGUCCUGGUCCUGGCCACGGUCACGGUCACGGUCACGGUCACGGUCUGUCCGACCCCGCCAAGACGCAUCUUGACAUCAUCGAAAGUGCAAGAGCUGCUGCUGCUAAAGAGCAGGCCAUGACCCUCUGGCAAGGGCUGAAACUGUACCCAAAGGCUGUCGGCUGGAGUCUGCUCAUUUCCACGUGCAUUGCCAUGGAGGGAUACGACAUCAGUCUCGUCAACAAUUUCUACGCAUUUCCUCAGUUCACUCGCAAAUAUGGCGAGUUUCAACCCAAGACUGGCACGUACGAGGUCACCGCGCCGUGGCAAGCAGGGCUCAGCAACGGCGCCAUUGUCGGCGAAAUCGUUGGCCUCUUCAUCAACGGCAUUGUCUCGGAGCGCUUCGGGUACAGGUACACCGUCAUGGCCUGCUUGGUCAUGAUCACGGCCUUCACCGCCAUCUUCUUCACAGCACCCAAUGUCCAGACUCUCCUGGCGGCAGAGAUACUGUGCGGUGUCCCCUGGGGCAUCUUCCAGACCCUGGCCGUCACGUACGCAUCCGAGGUUUGCCCCGUCGCUCUUCGCGGCUACCUGACCACCUACGUCAAUUUCUGCUGGGGCCUGGGCCAAGAAAUCGGCAUUGGCGUCAUCCGAUCCAUGUUGAACCGUGACGAUGAGUGGGCGUACCGUAUCCCCUAUGCCUUGCAGUGGAUGUGGCCCCUGCCCCUCUUCAUCGGCAUCUUCCUCGCCCCCGAGUCGCCAUGGUGGCUGGUGCGAAAGGGAAAGACGCAAGAGGCGAAGAAGGCUCUCCUGCGCCUCACCAGCCUUGACCGCGAGACGGAUUUCGACGCCGACGAAACCAUCGCCAUGAUGGUCCACACCACGGCGUUGGAGGAGAAGAUGACGGCGGGGGCCUCGUAUUGGGACUGCUUCAAAGGCGUGGACCUGCGGAGGACCGAGAUCGUGUGCAUGACGUGGGCCAUUCAGAACCUGAGCGGCAACUCCUUCUCCAACUACUCGACGUACUUUCUGAAGCAGGCGGGCCUAUCAGACAGGGACGCUUACUCGUUUGCCCUCGGCCAGUACGCCAUCAACAUGGUGGGUGUGUUUGGGGCAUGGGGCUUGAUGACCAUGGGCAUCGGACGCAGAUCGCUCUACCUCUACGGCCUGUGCGGGCUUUGCUGCAUGCUCUUCAUUCUCGGCUUCCUGGGGCUCGUGCCGGAGGAGCACCGGACAGCGGCGUCUACGGCUACGGGCAGCAUCAUGAUAGUGUGGGCGCUGUUCUACCAGUUGACGGUGGGAACAGUGUGCUACUCGCUCGUGAGCGAGCUGUCGUCACGACGGCUUCAGAUCAAAACAGUUGUGUUGGGGAGAAAUCUUUAUAAUAUCGUCGGCAUUGUUACCAGUGUGUUGACACCCUACAUGCUGAACCCAGGAGAAUGGAAUUGGAGCAACUACACAGGCUUUUUCUGGGGAGGCAUUUGCUUCUGCUGCAUCAUCUAUACGUACUUUCGUAUUCCGGAACCGCGAGGCCGGACCUUUGCUGAACUGGACGUCUUGUUCGAGCGCAAGAUUUCUGCCCGGAAGUUUGCCAGUACAGAGGUGGAUGUGUUCCACGAGGUUGUGGAGGACACGGUAAUGGAUCAGUAUGAGACAAUCAUGGACCCGAAAUCCGAAAAAGGACCCGGGCAAGCAUGA